AUGGGAGAGCUGGUCAAGCCGAGGAAGAGCCUUGUAGCAUAUGCCAGGAGGAUUAUAAAGCUGCAGAAGAUGUUGGAACACUCGAAUGUGGGCAUCAAUUUCAUCGGGACAACAUCAAAGAAUGGUUGUUGCUUAAGACAACGUGUCGGUCUGUCUGUCUACCUGAGGGAGGAGGUGCAUGCCUUUUCUUGUCGAGCAAGUGUUGAAAGGAAACCUAAAAUUGUUGGAAAUAUGAUUGCUCGAGUUGGAGGAAGCAUGCACCACAUCACAGCAAGAAGUCCUCAUCUCCAUUCCCAGAUUAAGCAAAACCUCAAGAGCUUCAACAGCCCGCAUUGUCAUCUUAUUCAGGAAUCCUUCAACAUUUCUCGAGGAAUCGUGACCAUGGCAACGCCCAGAACUCUACUCGCGACUAAUCAAUACGUCUGCGAGAUCUGCCACAAAGCUUUUCAAAGAGAUCAGAAUCUACAACUAUACAAAAGAGCUCACAAUCUGCCGGCAAGAUUGGAGAGGAGCGCGUGUACAAGUGGUGCGGCGGCACAGGCGCCGAAGAAGGUGUACAUUUGCCCGGAGACUAGCUGCGUGCACCACAAUCCAGCAAGGGUGUUGGGGGACUUGACCGGGAUCAGGAAACACUACCGGCGGAAGAUCUGCGAGAAGAGGUGGAACUGCACCAAGUGCUCGAAGAAGUACGCCGUGGAGUCAGAUUGGAAGGCGCACUGCAAGACGUUUGGGACGAAGGAGUACAAUUGCGGCUGUGGAAUCCAGUUUACAAAGUUACCAUUUUUGUCUGUCCCA